AACAGGACUUUUAUUUUGAUCUGGUGGGGUGACGUCAUAACACUGCGCAGUUUCUGCGUCUGUUUCAGCUGAAGAGAGGUUUACUGUCCAAACACACCAAAAAAGUGAGAUCAACACGACUCACUAUUAUUAAGAUACGAGGAUAUUAAGACAUAAAGAUUGAAGAAAUAUUCAGUGUCCAACAUAAAGAUACAGAAGAACAAACAAAGAUGGAGUUUAUUAAAGAGGAGAUUGAAGACACAUACAGAGUCAAACAUGAAGAUACUGAGACACACAAUAUUAUAAAGAUGGAGUUUAUUAAAGAGGAGAGAGAAGACGUGAAGAGUGAAGACACAUUCAGAGUCAAACAUGAAGACACUGAGGAACAAACAGACCUGAUGGUGCUGAAAGAGGAGAGUCAAGAACUGAUUGAAAUGGAAGAGAAAGAUCAAUAUAAGAAUCAAAAUGAUUUUAUAACUGGAGAAACAUCUUUGAGUUGCUCACAGACUGAAAUAAGUUCCUCAAGAAAAUUGGAUCAAAAGACCAGAAGUAGUAGUUAUAUCACCUGCCAACAGUGUGGAAAGAGUCUAAGUAAAAAAAAAGGUAUUAAAAGACACAUGAGAAUUCACACAGGAGAGAAGCCUUAUGCCUGCCAUCAAUGUGGAAAGUGUUUCAGUCAAAAAGUAACUCUUAAAAGCCACAUUAGAAUUCACACUGGAGAGAGGCCUUUCAUAUGCCCUCAGUGUGGAAAGAGUUUCACUCAUUCUGGAAACCUUGGAGACCACAUGAGUGUUCACACUGGAGAGAAGCCUUUUUCCUGCAAACAGUGUGGAAAAAGUUUCAACCGGAAAAGUAGUCUUAAUUGCCAUAUGAUAGUUCACAAUAGAGAGAGUCUUUUCACCUGCCAACAGUGUGGAAUAAGUUUCACUCAAAAAGGAAGCUUUAACCAACACAUGAGAAUUCACAAUGGAGAGCAGCCUUACACGUGCCAACAGUGUGGAAAUAGUUUUGAUCAACAUGAAAAUCUUGAAGUCCAUAUGAGAACUCAUAGAGAGAAACCCUACAUAUGCCCUCUGUGUGGAAAGAGUCUCAGUAAAAAACAACACUUUGAAAACCACAUGAGAAUUCACUCUGGAGAUCAACCCUACACAUGCACUCAGUGCGGAAAGAGUUUCAAUUACAAACGACACUUUGAAGAUCACUUAAGAACUCACACUGGAGAGAAGCCUUUCAUCUGCCAACAAUGUGGAACAAGUUUCAAUAUGAAGGGAAGCCUUAACAGGCACAUGAGAGUUCACACUGGAGAGAAGCCGUUUACAUGUGGUCACUGCGGAAAGAGUUUCAAAAAUAAAGCAGCAUUUAAGUACCACAUGAGUUUUCACAAAGAAGAGAACAGUUUUAUGUAAUCUGUUGAAUUGUGGAAAUUUUCACAGACUGAAAACAUUAAGAAUCUUUUUUCUUUUUUCAAAGUUUUUUUUUCCUGAUCUUCUGAUCAAAUGGAUUAACACACUCACAAAAUGGACAAAUAAACGUGAAAUGAGACAAUGGGUAAAGAGAGCUGCAGCUUUAUACAAAACCACACCUAAUGCUGUGGAUGCAUAUUAGAAGUGAGGAGUGGUGGAGAACAUUGUGCUUUGUACAUGUUUCAUCUUCAAACCAAACUUACAACUUCAACUGACAAAGUUUACAUCCCAUCUGGAAAGAUGCUUGCCAUUGUGUUUAGAUCUGUGGGCAAAGAGUAGGCUGUAUUUAGUGGCUGUUUGAAUACAUUAGAUCACAUGAGUAUUUACACUACAAAAACAAUCCAGUUUUCUGUUGAUUUGUUCUACCCCGUCAGAUUUUGCUACCUCCCAUUAAAACAGUAGAUAGUACAAUUCAACAAUGAAAAAUGCUACUUGUCAAAAAAUGUUUUAUUUAUGGGUACACCAACCCAUUACAGCAAUGCAAAUACAGUAAUUGUUGAGAAAAAGGAUGCAUUAUUGAUGUGCGGAUGUGCAGUAAGACCUGGUAGGUCAAUCUGAAAGAUAGAAUAAAAUAUCAGGAAACCGGUCAAAUGUGUUUUCCAGGACCUCUUUAAGUGGUCAAAAGUGGACAAGCUCAUCAUGUUUGCAAACUGUAAUUAGAAAUCUCUAUUUACAAUAAGAUCUUAUUUGCAGGUGUAAACUUGGUUAAUAUGUAGAUGUGCUGUUGUGAAUUUUUUAUUUCAUUAACGUAAAUAUGUACUGAAUGUUUUUAACAUGUAUGUGUUGCAUGUUUUCAUUUAAUUAAAGUAAAUGAAUAGAACAAA